CCUAUAUCGGAUCGUGAGCCUGUGUUUAGGAAUGAUGCUUAUACUGAUGACACUAGGUGUCGUGAAUAGGGAGCAUAUCAGUGCUGAAGUGUUCGCUGAUAAAAAGUUGAAUAUUUUAUAUUAUUUUGUCAGAUUUCCACAUUCAACACUUCUCUGGUCUUUCAUACAGGCCUGCUUUCUGGUGGGGGAUUCGGUGUUCACAUGCAUCCAUCUCCGUGUUUCUCCAUCACUUAGGAGAAACAAAUCAUGCCUAACGGCGUAUGCCAAUCCCACAGGAAACAUUUUGGCGAUAAAAGUGUCUGUCAACAGUCUGUCGUAAAUUGUCCUGCGAUAAUGCAACUCUGACCUAAAUCCUGUUCGACAAUCUCAGUGCGGUCAUCGGAAAUAGUCAGAAAUAUCGUUCGUCCACAUUUCUAAGGAACAGUCAGUUCAUCGAAGUACUUGAGGAAAUAAAUCAGAACUUUCUGUGAAAUGUAUGUAACAUCACCAGCUGAUCAUGAGACACUAGCAUUAAAUGUAGUUUCGUUUCUGGAAAUUACCAGUUUAAUUUAUUUCCCCGUCGAGCUGGAACCAACACGGGCUACAAAUACGUCGAUUGUUCUGCUGUGUUAAUCACACACUUGGGCUGAACAAGAAAUAUAUACUUCAUUCAAGACAUAGGAGAGUGAAGGGUCGUUUGGGAAUUCUGAAGGUUGGCGGUCAGAUCUUCACGACAGCGUCAAGUGUCAAGUACAUGGAUAACAACCCAAUCAAAACAGAUUCAGCUUCGUAUUCAGAUACAUAUUCCCCCGCAACAAUGAAUGCCGUGCAGUCCAACCCCCAGUUUCACAUGUCGCAAGCCGGACCUCACAUGAUGACGCAUCUAAUACCAGUGACGUCACACCUCCCCCCGCAACCUGAGUCGACCGCGGGUGUGUCCCAAGCAGAACUAGAGUUCUUGGUGUCCUGUUUAACCAAAAUCGCCUGUUUCCCCAUCGGAUAUGGUACAGAACAAAUAGAAACAGGUGGAAAUAUUCCAUUAUUUGAAGAACUGAUCGAUAGCUCAGACAUGGCAUCAAGACCUGACAACCCAACGAGGUCAAAUAUUGAAACAGCGUCGUAUAGUGCUAGCACCAGUGAGAUGGAGACUGCAGCAAGAUUUGUCCAAGAACUUUUACACCCCAACCCCCAGACUGAAACACAAAAUCCCCACUCCGGACGCCAAGACUUCACGCAGACAAGACAUUCAGGCAUCCCAACGUCAUCUUCUCCAAUAGGUCAAGGUCAUCAAGUUGGAAGUCAAAGUCCCCAAUUUGAAGGUCAAAUCUCUCCAUAUGGAGGUCAAAGCCCGCCGUUCUCUGGUCAAGGGUCACAGUCAGCGAUGGAGUUCUACUAUCCGGUUGUGGAGAAUCCAGAUCACCGAUCAUCCCCUCAAAUGCUCCCUGUCAUCGAGAUGGGGUUCCCACAAGGUCAAGGUCAAGGUCAAGGUCAAUGUUACAUGCAUGAUCCCGGGGCAACAUCUCAAGAAGGUCAGCCCCGGCUGUGGAAGUUCAUCCUUGACCUUCUCGAGGACCCCCGUUAUAACCCCUCCUAUAUCGCUUGGGUCAAUCGCCAGGAAGGCAUCUUCCGGCUCAUCGACCCACAGAGGCUGGCGGAACUUUGGGGCCACGUGAAGGGAAACAAGAGCAUGAACUACGAGAAGCUAAGCAGAGGGUUGAGGUACUAUUAUACACACAACGUCUUGGAACACGUUCCUGGGAAACUGGUUUAUAAGUUCAGCCAGGGCGCACAGGUGUGGCAAUACCUCUCCCAGACGUCGAUGUCCAUGACCCCCAGAACAGUAUCCAGCACGGUGACGUCACAGUGCCACUACCCUCCUCAUACGUCAUAUUAGAUGACGUCAUUCAUGUACUUAUUCAUACUUAAACUCAAAGUCAUCUAGUCAAGAUGCAGAGACGCAGAGAUGCGUUCUUUUAGCGCCGUGUUACGGCUGCUAAGUAACGUCCCUGUCCCAGGCUUCAAGACUUGGCACACCCCGAUGCAUGUUUAAAACAUGCGUCUUUCUGUAACGGGUACUAUUUUUCUGAUGCGUAUUGGUGAUGUUUUGGGUUCUGUGUUAGUUGUCCCUAGACUUUCAGAAAAAGUGCCAUCCUUCAUGGCUGUAUACCACUACGCCAUGCAUGUGUAAACCGGCUCAGUGACAUGAUAUCUACACAGCUGUGUGGACAUGUCUCAUGACAUAGGGAUUUGCACGAAAACUUAGCAAGGGCCAGAUCUGGGAUACCUCCUGUAUACACAUGAACCACAUGUGUGAAGGAGGUAAGCCAAUUUGGACGAGUGCUACAGCAGAACCAAUCAGUUAGGUUGUUUAACGUAUCCUCUAUGAGGACUUUCAUCGACAAUCAUUCCAUGUGCAAACUGGGUUUUAUGAAACAAAUUAAAUUUGACAGUAUGCAAUGAAACCUCAAUAUCUCAAUUUCGAAAUAUAUAACGCUGCUUAUCUUAUCGAGAUUUCAAGUAUCGUGUUAUUUUGUAACGUCAUUCUAAUUUUACACAUAUCCAGGUUGUUUUAACACUGGUGUCCCCUGUGCGGAGAGAGACGCCGAUCGUGACGUAUUAAGGUCACGUGUUACUUUAGGUCUUGCAGCCUUUGGGUAUCGCUCGUUUGUGUUCUUUAAAUAUAAUUCAAGUCAAUCCGACGUUAAACCAAAAUGUCCAGAUACUGCACAAUCAGUUACAGUAAACUACGGUUAUAACGAACACGCUUAUAACGAAAUGACGGAUAUAACGAACUUUUUUGGUCUCGACAAAUUGCUGUAGUUAUGUUGUAUAUGUGCUUAUAACGAACUACGGAACUCAAAAUAGUAGUCGCUUUGAGUUCGUUAUAACCGUAGUUUACUGUAUAUGUGUAGCCUUAAAGAAUGAACGAAUCAAAUGAGUUCGAGAUAAUGAGGUGUUAACGUAUACGAAUUGUCGCUUGAAGUUUUAAUGCAACUUUGAAAUUAAAUCAAAAUUACUGUGCAAUUAUCCAGUGUUGCUGUUAAAGUCACAUUUUCUUCAUCUAAGACUGCUCCGGUGUCGUAGUUAUUAUGUCAUCGGAAUUGUCCAGGAAUUGUUAAACUAGACCAAACAGCCAUAUUACUAAUGAAAUCAGCAUCUUCCAAAAUAUCCGUUUAUUUCAAUAUCUUGGCCACCGUACUCAUUUGAGUAAUUUUGGUUUACUGGUGAGUGUUUCAUAUUGCCCAAUGCACAGCGCUCUGCGACCACAACAAAUAAACUACUUUUCCGAAUCAAAGUUUUCUGCUCAUCGAAUAUCCUUUUUUAUGUCAAUUAUUUCUGAAAUCACUCUAUUUGCAACCAAGUUACCCCCCCCUUUCUUAACAUGGCUUUCGAAAUCGGCGAAGCUCCAAACAAAUUCACAAGAUGAAAAAAGUUAACUUUUUCAAAUUGUGCUAUCUAAUCAUAAUUAUAAAUGCCCCUUGUUUGUGUAAGAGGAUUAUACCCUCGCCCUGUUAUAUUGAUAAUAGCGAAGAAAAAAAUGUUAAAUUUGUUGUGGCCUACAGGAGCAAAUACACAAGCGCUUUGUUUACUGCGGUGCUAAGGAUAAUUUUGUGUAUGUAUGUUAAACUUGUGUAAAUUAUUUCAAGAUUUGUUAUCGCUGAUGUCAGAUAUAGGCAUCAUUUCUUUUGAGUGACGUAUGAUGAUUUAUCAAUGACGUAUAACUUGUGUUCUUGGUUUGUUGAAAUUAGAAUUAAAUCACGUGUUAGUUAUUGUCAUGUAUUGUCCAGAUAUAGUCCGGAUUGCCAAAUGUCCGCAUUACCGAGUCACUGGUAUACGUUACGUCCUUUAAGUCGUGCGGAAUAAUGGAGUUUCCGAACAAACGGAGUGUGACGUCAUCGCUAAGUGUUCUGGCCCACAAUAGUAACAAGCAAUAAAUGAUUUAUAAAUCAAGGGAAGAUCACUCUAUCUAACCAUGACUGCCGGAUUAUGUCCCUUGGUGUACAUUAUAGGCAAGACACCUGUAAUACAUUAUGGGACAUAAUGUAAUGAGGUUAAUUUUUUUUAUUAUUAAUAUCCCAAUAUUAAAUACAUCUACAUCAAAUAUUAACGAGCUGAAAAUCCGUCCAUGUUUCCAAGUUUAUUAAUUAAAUAUCCAUCAUCAUUCCUCAAAAACAUGUUAUUGUUAUAUUUACAAUAAUCCUAAAAAGUCACCCCGUUUGUUAUUUGUGAUCGGAAAUACAAAGAUAUAAAAGUAUUUGGUAUUCGAACUAUAUUAUGCAUCCUUUUAUGAAAAUAUGUUGUAUACUUUUGUGAAGUUUCUUCACACUAAAAUCAUACCUUUGAAGAUAUACUGCUCAACAAUUGAUAUGCAUAUUGCUUAUAUUCAAUUGUGCGAAUUCUCAUGAUGUAAUAGUGUGAAAUAUAUCAAUAUUUGUUUCCUAAUUUAGGUAAAAUGUACGGUUUAUACUAGCGAAAUACACAAAAGGUUCAUGGUGGUUUUACAAUUAAUUCGAUACAGUUAAUAAGAAGAGGAAGAUAGAUUUAGAAUACAUAAGUAAAUAAAUCACCAUUGAUUAAUUGGUCAAAUGGACAGUGCUUCAGCAAUGGUACUGAUGACAACUGUUUAUCCAGUCUUGUAUGUGGAUCAAAGAGUUCAUCAGAGCAAUAAACGUCACAAAAGAGACCCGUGGUCCUAUCAAACUGCCUCUUAACGCCUAAGUUGUCAAAUAUGAUUGAAUAUAUACAUUAACAAUUCAUUACCUACAUAGCAAAGGCGAGACUUAUGAUCACCUCCACGUCAUAGUGGGAAAAGCAGGGAGUGAGAGUUGCCCCUUGGCUACUUCCACUAGCGGCAGGCAAUCACUCACGACUCGCACGUUACAUACCUUUGAUUGUAUAGAUAUAAUUGAAAGAAUAUGAUGAAAAGGAUUAUUGUAUCAUUUGUAUAUAAUAUGUUGAUUUUUGGUUUUCGUUAUGACAAUUAUUCCCAGUCUGCCUGCAUUUAUGUUUAUUGAUAUGGUCUGGUGGUUACGUACAUUGAACACGGAUCUAUUCACCUGAUCAUGAUCUAUUGUACUUAGUCGAUGAUAAUACAUCAACAAACCAACAUUCGUGAUGUUAUAUUAUGUAUUGAUUGAUAAUUUAUUGUGAAUAAAAUCUGCAAAAUAUG